CAGAUUUGAAAUCACGAUUUGUCUUAUCUCUCUCCACAAUCUGCAAAAGUAAGCCAGAGUGUGUUCGUCCGCCUUGUAGACAACAUAAGUUACAUCGACGAUGAAGAUAUUUGUUCCAUUUUUCGCUUUAGUUGUGAUCGUGGCUUCGCAAGGUCACAGCGGUGAGCACCACGGUCACAAUAACAAUGGUGGAAGCGUUCCAGAUUCCGGACAAGUUGAUGCCGCCAUUGUCGACAUAGAGCUCCAUUACAACGACAAAUUGUGCCUCGAGUUGCUUCUUGUAGAUUGUGCGACACACGUGACACAGGGGGACGAGAAAGUCUGCGGAAGUGACGGUGUUACUUACGAUAACCACUGUAAAUUCGCGCAUGCCACGUGUGAGUUCACACACGUCGACAAUCCUCUAAAACUUGCUAGCCAUGGCGAAUGCCCACCACCAACAGCAGCACCUGUUUCAACAAUGCCACCUGCAACGGCGGCACCUGCUUCAACAAUGCAACCUGCAACAGCGGCGCCUGCCAUACAAACAGGGACAGGUUCUAUGGGCAUGACGACAACCGUUGCUACGACAACCACGACAGUGAUGUUGACAACUACAGCAGCAACUACAGUGGACCCAAUUCACUCUAUCGUUCAGAACGUGUUCUGCCAGAACGCUGCAAGCAUUUCUUGUGCCAAUGAUUUCCAAAUAAUUUGUGGAUCUGACGGGCAGCUGUACCCUAAUCAGUGCGAGAUGUCGAAACAGAAAUGUGUCGACCCAACACUUACAGUGGCUGACAAGUCGACAUGUCCGAUACCAGGUCGAUAAGUCGAUGUACCUAUGUCACAAUGAUACAGACUUAGUUUGUUCAACGUUUCUUUAUCUCUAAUAAAUAAAAA